GCAAGUCAUUGUAUUGCACUCCCUUCUCCUUUCCUUCCUUUUCCUCUGCAUCCUCAGGGAGAUUAAGUCCUCCGUCUUCGUUUCGGAGGAUAUUUUUUUCGGUUUAGAGAUCCCAAAACAAGAAAUAAAAAAACGAAUUUAACCCAAAAAUUUUAACUCCGCUUCGAUCGUCCAAAUCUGAAAUUUACAAGAAUUUUGAAUAUAUUAAUCAAUUUCCUUACACGUGAUUUACAUCCUUAGCAUUUGAAAUAUGGUUGCAAGAGAAUUUCCUUUAGUUCCAAAGGUAAUUAAUGGAGGAAUUGCUGGAAUCAUUGGAGUUACCUGUGUUUUCCCUAUAGAUUUAGUAAAAACCAGGUUGCAGAAUCAACAAGUUGGACCAAAUGGAGAAAAAAUGUAUUCCUCUAUGUUAGACUGUUUCAAAAAAACAUACAGUAAAGAAGGAUUUUUUGGAAUGUAUAGAGGCUCUGCAGUAAAUAUAUUACUAAUAACCCCCGAGAAGGCGAUUAAGCUGGCAGCGAACGACUUUUUUCGUCAUCAUUUAUCAUCUGAGAAUAGAAAACUGACUUUGGCAAGAGAAAUGAUUGCAGGUGGAUCUGCAGGAUUUUGUCAAAUUGUUGUUACAACUCCUAUGGAACUAUUAAAAAUUCAGUUGCAGGAUGCUGGAAGAAUAGCAGCCAAAGGAGCAGCAGAAGGUGAAACAGUGUUGGCAACAUCUGCAACAGCAAUAGCGUUAAAUCUAGUAAAAACCCGUGGAAUUUUAGGCCUGUACAGAGGCACUGCAGCAACAAUGCUUAGAGAUGUCAAUUUCUCUGUUGUUUAUUUUCCUCUUUUUGCACAUCUGAAUUCUUUGGGUCCACGUAGACAAGACGGAACAGGUGAAUCUGUCUUUUGGGUAUCAUUUCUUGCGGGAUGUGCAGCUGGUUCAACAGCAGCUUUUGCUGUAAAUCCUUUUGAUGUAGUGAAAACUAGAUUACAAGUACUGAAAAAAGGAAGAGGAGAGAUAACAUACAAUGGUAUCCCUGAUGCAUUCAGGAAAAUUUGGCAACUAGAAGGUACAACUGCUUUUUUCAAAGGUGCUGGCUGUCGAAUGAUAGUUAUUGCUCCUUUAUUUGGAAUUGCUCAGACAGUUUAUUAUUUAGGUGUUGCUGAGUGGCUGUUAGGACGUAAUAAAGAAAGGUGUGUAAAAUUAAACAAAGCAAUUUUGGCUUUUAAGCACAACCAUAAUUGAUGAUUAAAUGCUGAGUAUACUGUUAUUUAAAAUAUAUUAAAUGAUAAAAGCAUUUAGGUAAAA